AAGUUCCCUUCAAAGUAUAUAAGACCACCGCCCUCAUCCACCAUUUACAAAUACCAUCUCUCUUUAACACCAGCCUUCCUACAGUCCUCUCUUUCGACUCAUUGGCUAAACAAACAACGAGGCACCAUCUCAAUUUUCAUCUCUUUGGAACCAUACACACUAUGAAUAGCAUCAGUGAAGACUUUAACCCCACCAACCAGGAAGAAAAAGCAAGUAAGAAUACCUCAACUAGCAACAAGAAAGGUAAAGGUAAAGGAGGACCUGAUAACAACAAAUUCAGGUUUCGAGGAGUUAGACAACGCAGUUGGGGAAAGUGGGUGGCCGAGAUCCGCGAGCCGCGUAAACGAACACGUCGUUGGCUAGGCACAUUUUCCACUGCUGAAGACGCUGCUCGAGCCUAUGAUCGAGCCGCUAUUGUACUCUAUGGUUCAAGGGCUCAACUCAAUCUCCAACCAAACACUAACUCAUCCUCUUCUUCUUCGCCGUCUAAUUCUAAACGCUCGAGUUCAUCCUCUAGUGCACAAACUCUUCGUCCUUUACUUCCUAAACCUUCCGGAUUCGAUCUUUCUUUCUCUUCUACUAUAGCUCCAGUUUCUGCGUCCGCAAAUGCAUUGGCUGCAGGUGGUUACGUACCAUACGGAUUUUAUAAUCCUGCCGUACAAUAUGCUGACAUGUCCCAAGAUCCUCACGAGCAGUUAAUUCUUCAACAGGAACAGAAACAAUACGGACCUUGUGAUGGAUAUCUCGAGGGUAAGACCACUAAAGCAACUGGGGCGGUUUAUUCUGAUUCAAACCCUAACCCUAGACAUCAUUUUCAACAAGAAUAUCAGAAUCAACAAUAUCAGCAAGAGAAUUGUUUGUAUGAUGAGAUAAACACUUUAGUUGGGUCAGAGGGUCCAUCUUUGUCUCUAUGUUCGACUCAAAUGGUGGCUGUUGCACCGGUUGUUUCCGAUUCGGUGGCGGUAGUGGGAGAUCCAGGAUCUCUGGUUUUGUGGCCUACUGGUGAUUAUAAUUACCCACCAGUUGAUAUUUGGGAUUAUGGAAAUGAUCCAUUCCUGUUUGAUUUUUGAAUGAAGAGGAUUAGUAAGACUUAUUUCUUGUUUCAAAUUACAUGCAAGAACAUUGAAGCAGUAGUGUUAUUCUGGUCAAUUAUCCUAAAUUUGAACUCUUUAGUUUCUUGCGGAAGGAAAUAUUAGGAAGUCGGGAAUAGCAUUAAUUCAAGCGGUUGCAUGUUACUGAAUCUGAGGCACAAGAAGGAUUUUCUACGGCUUUAAAUUAGUUGAGAUAUGAGAAAACAUUAAAAAGAAAAAUCAUUUUGCAUACUGCUUCAUGUUAAUUAUGUGAUGCACAUUUUCUCCUCUCUUCUUUCACUUAAUUAGUAAGCUUUUGUUUUUAUGAUUAAUUUUCUUUAUUUAUGGCUUUUGCGUGUCGUCUAAAAUUGUUUGACGUUCCACAGUUGUUGCUCGAA